AGAAAAUCGGCGAGCAAACGAGAGGGAGAGGGAGAGGGAGAGGGUGGGGGAUGGCAGCAGCUAUCGGUGGUAGGGUGAUGAUGGCGGCAAGAAGCGCACACAUCAACCCUGACCGCCGUUGUUUCUUGAGCCGGCGGUGGCCGGACUCUUCCAAUCAGGGACAUUUGGCCGCUUCCUUCUCGAGCAACGGGAGUUCGAAACCCCAGAGGAAGCUGGUUCUCUACACCAAACCAGGAUGCUGUCUGUGCGAAGGUCUCAAAGAGAAGCUGGAUUUGGUCCUCAAAUUGGGAGCCCCUGACUCUCUCGAUGACGUCGAACUGCAGACUAGAGAUAUUUUGAGCAAUCCAGAAUGGGAGAGACGCUAUCAGUAUGAGAUCCCUGUGUUGGCGAGGGUCCUUCCUGACGGCACAGAGGAGAACCUUCCGAGAUUAUCGCCUCGUCUUGGAGUGGAGAUGAUCAAGAAGAAACUUGUAGCUGCCCUGCAAUAAGGCUGCAGCGUCGACCAACGUUUGGGAAAAGGGGAGGCCAUUAAUUCUGCAUUUCUGGAGCUGCUUCUUUUGCGUCUUUGCUAGUGGAAUGGGCACAUGAGGAUGGGAUUCUUCAGUGAUUCAUUUCUGUACCCAAAUAUGUAUGGUCUUCUAUGCAGAGGUACAUAGUGAUAGAGGAGAAAAGGAAAAUAUUGCACAAACAA